GCCACUGGGCGAGACUACAGCUCUCUCUCUAUCCUCUCGGAAUAGGACGGAGGAGGAGAGGCUAUAUUCGGGAGAAGGGCCGGGCCGCCAUUAUUGGGAAGCUGAAAAAAAUACACUUACACACGGUCAUACAUUUGGGCAGUCUGUGAAGCGAUACUCAUAGGAAACACAACAUUUAGGGUUGUAAUUAUCAAUUGAGCACUGCGCAUCAACUAACACCGCAUAUGAUGUGUACGCGUAUGGGUAUAUCUGUAUAUUGGACACAACAAAGGAAAUAACAAUUGGUCAAAACAACGUGGUGAACCAAGAGAAAAACACAACGAAUCAAGUCUUUUCAACGCCCCUCUUUCCUAACGCGAACAUCCAGGUGACAAGAAAUUGAAGUUCUACUGCAUUUUCCGAGAUAAUUUAGGUGUUUUGUGUCCAAAGGCAAGAAAAGGAACUCCACAUGCAGAUGGCACCGAAAAGUUAAUAGGCUACUUGUGAAAAUGGAGUCUUGAUUUCAGGGUAAAAAAUAUACCAAGUGUUCAAAAGGGGAAUGUCGAUAUUUAUGUGACUGAUCGAGGAGUAGAAUUUCCUCUUUGUUAAAUUCUCGAGGCGUUGGGAGUGCUGUUUUUGCGAGUUGCGAAGGAGAACAUUGGAGAGAAAGGAGUGAACGAGAGAAGAGGGAGGAAUGCUAUGGGUCAGACCCAAGGCCAGUAAGAAUCUUUGCAUGGAAAGACCGCCCGGAAGCCUCCUCCCUAGAACUUGUGGGCAUGGCAGGAUGAGUGUCUGCGUUCGAUGAUGAUGGCAAAAAAGCAAGAUGCAAAGGCGCCCACCUACAACCUGGUCGUGGUGGGCCUUUCCGGCACAGAGAAGGAGAAGGGGCAGUGUGGUGUGGGCAAGUCCUGCCUGUGCAACCGCUUCGUCCGUCCCAGCGCAGACGACUUUUACCUGGACCACACCUCCGUGCUAAGCACCAGCGACUUCGGGGGACGUGUGGUGAAUAAUGACCACUUCCUGUUCUGGGGGGAAACGGGGCGGGUGCUGGAGGAGGGGCCGGAGUGCAGGAUGCAUGUGGUGGAGCAGACAGAGUUCAUUGAUGACCAGACGUUCCAGCCACACCGUUCCACAGCCCUCCAGCCCUACAUCAAGAGGGCUGCCUCCAACAAGCUGGCCUCUGCAGAGAAGUUGAUGUAUUUCUGCACGGACCAGCUAGGGCUGGAGCAGGACUUUGAGCAGAAGCAGAUGCCAGAGGGGAAGCUAAUGGUGGAUGGCUUCCUCCUCUGUGUGGACGUCAGCAGGGGCAUGAACCGCAACUUUGACGACCAGAUGAAGUUCAUCACUAAUCUCUACAACCAGCUAGCCAAGAACAAGAAGCCAGUGGUUCUGGUGCUCACCAAGUGCGACGAGGGGGUGGAGCGCUACAUCAAGGACUCUCACACCUUUGCCUUGGCCAAGAAGAACCUCCAGGUGGUGGAGACGUCAGCACGCUCCAACAUCAACGUAGACCUGGCCUUCCUCACCCUGGUGCAGCUGAUAGACAAGGGCCGGGGCAAACCCAAGAUCAUCCCCUACUUUGAGGCCCUGAAGCAGCAGAGCCAGCAGAUUGCCUCGGCUAAAGACCGCUAUGAGUGGCUGGUCAGCCGCAUCGUGAAGAACCACAAUGAGACGUGGCCCAACAUAAACCGGCGCAUGCAGACCUCCUCAGAGUACAAGGAGUAUGUCUUCCUGGAGGGCACUGCUAAAGCCAAGAAGCUCUUCCAGCAGCACGUCCACAGGCUCAAACAAGAACACAUUGAGCGAAGGCGGAGGGCCUAUCUCAGCACCCUGCCUCAGGCACUGGGUUCCCUAGUCCCUGAGCUGGAUGAGAUCGACCACCUGAGCUGGUCCGGGGUCCAGAAGGUUCUGGAGACCAAGCAAGACUUCUCCCAUUGGUUUGUUGUGUUGGAUGACACCCCCUGGGAGACCACCCCACACAUAGACAACAUGGAGGAUGAGAGGAUUCCCCAGGAUCUCCUGGAGACCCCGGUGGCUGAGACGAUUUACGAGAGCCAUCUGGAGCACCUGAAAAAUGAGCGCAAACGAGCGGAGAUGAGGUGGGAGUUCAAGGAGAAGCUCAGUGCCUCUCCCUUCAUCACAGCAGGCAAACCCUGGGAGGAGGCACGCAGCUUCAUCAUGAAUGAAGACUUCUAUCAGUGGCUCGUGGAACCAGAGUACCUAGACAUCUACAACAGGCACCAGAAGGAGAUCAUUGACCGAGCCAAGGAGGACUUCCAGGAGCUGCUGCUGGAGUACUCAGAGCUCUUCUAUGAGCUGGAGGUAGACGCCAAGCCCAGUAAGGAGAAGAUGGGGGCCAUCCAGGAGGUGUUAGGGGAGGAGCAAAGGUUCAAGGCCCUGCAGAAGUUGCAGGCAGAGAGGGACGCUUUGGUUCUCAAGCAUAUCCACUUUGUCUACCACCCCACCAAGGAGACCUGCCCAAAUAGCCCACACUGUGUGGACUGUAAGAUUGAACAGGUUCUAGCCUCCAAGUUCCCCACUCGAUACUCCUUCUUCGAUAGCCAUAAACCGGGCGAUGGGAACGCAGAUCGCAUAAACCUGGUCAUUCUGGGUAAAGAUGGCCUGGGGAGAGAACUGGCCAAUGAGAUCAGGGCUUUGUGCACCAAUGAUGACCGGUACGUGCUGGAUGGGAAAAUGUAUGAGUUGUCCCUCCGGCCCAUAGAGGGUAACGUGCGUCUGCCGGUCAAUUCCUUCCACACGCCUACCUUCACCCCCCAUGGCGUCCUGUGUCUCUACAACUCUAAGGAGUCACUAUCUUACAUUGUGGAGAGCAUUGAGAAGCUCAGAGAGUCCACGCUAGGCCGAAGGGAAAACAGUCUAUUUCAGCUGCCCAUGAACCUGCUCCUAGUCACCAAACGGGGAGUAGGGUCCAUCAGGGACAUUGGGGGGGAAACGGCCCACACACUUAUCCUCCAGGGGCAGCAGGUGGCUGGGAAGCUACAGUGUGGUUAUCUAGACCCCGCCUCCCCUGGGGUGGGCUAUGGACGCAAUGUGAAUGAAAAGCAGAUCAACCAGGUGUUAAAAGGUCUGUUAGAAUGCCGUAGGCCCCCUGGGAGCAUAGGCAGCAGCUCCCCUCCUUUACCCCCCUCCUUCAGAGACUCUCACUCCCAGCCCAUCCCCGAGACAGACCUGCGGAUAGUCAUGUGCCUGAUGUGUGGCGACGAUUAUGAUGUGGAGCAGCUCCUCUCGCCCCUCCUGCUGCCCCAGCACUGUCGGCCGGCCUCCAGCCUGAGCAGUGGCACGUCCGUGCUCCUAGAGCUCACGGUGGGGGCCCAGAGGCACACCAUCGACCUCUCCCUGCUCUCCUUCCACUCCUCAUUUGCCCUAAGGAAAAGCCGGCUGGUGCACGGCUACAUUGCUGUGUAUUCUGCCAGGCGCAAGGCGUCCAUGGAGACCCUGUGUGCGUUCCUGUGUGAGGUGCAGGACAUCAUUCCCGUGCAGUUGCUUGCGGUGGGGGAGAGCCAGGCUGAGCUGUCGGACUCUGAGGCGGCCAGGGAGCAGGUGAGCCAGGGGGAGGAGCUGGCCCGGGAGAUUGAGGCCAGGUUUAACACAGUAGUGUGUGGGGCUGGAGGGGUGGUGGGAGGCCUGCACAGGAUAGACCUCUUCCAGCCCUUCCUGAAGGAGGUUGUGGAGAAACGCACCAUAGUGGAGGCCACACACAUGUACGAUAAUGUAGCAGAGGCCUGCACCACUGAGAGCAUGAGCCCGGCCCGCUGCAAUUCCCCCAGCCCCAUCAACACCCUGCUAGACUCUGAAGAGGACGUGGAGCCCUCGCCUCCCUAUCCUGACGUUACCCUCACCUCCCACCUGGGGGGCUUCAAGCUCCCCGACCUGGAGUCCAGCGAUGCCUUCUCAGUCAUCUCUGAGAUCAGCACCUUCGAGAGCAAGCUCAACAACAAGGUCCCCCCCCAGGUGCGGCCCAAGCCCACCAUACGGAAAGUCAACCUGGGGCCCUACAUGGACCAGCAAGGGACCAACCGCCGCUCCUUACCCCCUGCUGUCACCUGGGCGCCGGGCAGCGACGGUGGCUACGACCCCUCGGACUACGCCGAGCCCGUGGAUGCCGUGACCAAACAGCGGCCCACAGAGGAGGAGAGCAUCUACUCGGUGCCCCACGACAGCACUCAGGGCAAGAUCAUCACCAUCCGCAACGCCAACAAGCAUUCUAACGGUGGUGGCAAUGGCUCAGAUAGCGAGGCUGACAGCAGCUCCCUGGAGCGGAGGCGGAAGAUGUCUGCUCUGGGGGUGAAGCCGCGGCUGUACCGCGACCGCUCGAAACGCCUGGGCAAGUUCAGCAGCUUCCGCACUAGCUUCUCCAUCGGCAGUGACGACGAGCUGGGGCCGCCCAAAGCACCAGAGGAGCUGGGCGGGGCGCACAAAGGGGACAACUCCAUUAACGAGGAGGGCGAGGACCCCAAGAGGAGGAAUAUCCUCAGAAGCCUGCGCAGAAACACCAAGAAACCACGGCCCAAGCCCAGGCAUUCCAUAUCCAAAGUAGAAAGCAACUACUUUGGCGUGCCGUUGGCCAACGUGGUGACACCUGACCGACCCAUCCCGCUCUUCAUUGACAAGUGCAUCCGAUAUAUUGAGGCAACGGGUAUCACUACAGAAGGGAUCUACAGGGUGAGUGGGAACAAGUCAGAGAUGGAGAGCAUGCAGAGGCAGUUUGACCAGGACCAUAACCUGGACCUGGUGGAGAAGGACUUCACCAUCAACACGGUGGCCGGGGCCAUGAAGGCCUUCUUCUCUGAGCUGCCAGAACCCCUGGUGCCCUACAGCCAUCAGAUCGAACUGGUGGAGGCCUUCAAGAUCAACGAUCGGGAUCAGCGAGUUCACGCCAUGAAGGACAUCCUGCGCCGCUUCCCCAGGGAGAACUAUGACGUCUUCAAAUAUGUCAUCAAUCACUUGAACAAGGUGAGUCAGAAUAACCGUUUGAACCUGAUGACCAGUGAGAACCUGUCCAUCUGUUUCUGGCCCACUCUGAUGCGGCCUGACUUCACCACCAUGGACGCCCUGACGGCCACACGAACCUACCAGACAAUCAUCGAGUCCUUCAUCCACCAGUGUGCUUUCUUCUUCUACAACCAGCCCCUGUCUGACACCCCUGGCGGGCACGCCUCCCCCACAGCCACCCUCUCCUCCCACGGGGGAACCUCGGCCUACUCCUCCUUGGCGUACAACUCUCCCACCCUCACACCGGCCCCGGCCCCUUACGUUAUGCCCGCCACGCCGCCAGUCAUCCCACACUACGGGCCGCCCCAUACCCAGAUCCAGCAUUCCCCGCCCCACACCCCCAGUCCCCCAUCCAGGCCCUACUGCCCCCUGCACCCCCACCACCCCCCCACGGAACAACACAUGCUGUGAACCAGUGAUGGAAGGAAAGAGAGAUUUGAGAGCGUGAUGGAAAGAGUUUGAGAUUCAGAGGUAUGAGGGAGCGGUGAGAGAAGAAUGUAAGUGGACGAGAUUUUGAAGGGGUGGUGAGAAGUAUGGAGGGAAUGAGAGGAGAGUGGGUUUGAGAGAG